ACUACACUUGACUGUUGUGGACUUAAAGAUUUUGCAACUCUUCAGGCGAUGGACAGCAGGAUCAGACCGCUUGGCCUGGCCGGGCACACCGCCUCCCCUCUCGGCGGCUUGCAGGUGCCUCCCUCCCUCCUGCGCCCUCCGCCUCUGUUCCUCCGGGCUUGUAACCCCGCGCUGGAGAGGGGAUACCCCCGCACCCCGAAGUGCGCCCGAUGCAGAAACCAUGGUGUGGUUUCUGCGCUGAAAGGCCACAAGCGCUUCUGUCGCUGGAGGGACUGCGUGUGCGCAAAGUGCACCUUGAUAGCAGAGAGGCAGCGCGUGAUGGCCGCGCAGGUGGCGCUGAGGAGGCAACAGGCGCAGGAGGAGAGCGAGGCCCGGGAGCUCCGGCUCAUGUAUCCCGGCUCGGGGAUCGGUGGGGAGGCAGGGAUCCCUCAGCCGUCACCCGUGGGCCCCGGGGUGCCAGCAGCUACCAGCAGCACUCCAACAGCUCCCAGUUUCGAUGUUUUUGGAUCAGAGAACCAAAAAGAUGAUGACAAGCUGUCAAAGUACAACUUUUAUAAUGGAUUUGUGGGUCGACCCCUCUUUGCACCCCACACCCCGCGGCUGCCCUCUCCAAAUGACAAAAAAGAUCUGUCUCCCACCAAGGACACAACCACCUCAUUCAGCGCUGACAGUCCAUCCCCAGCGUUUGAUCAGCACUCAGACCACAUAGAGAGCCCGCAGAGGUCGCUCUUCUCCUCAGAUCCGGAGUCAGGCAGCGAGUCAGAGAAGCCCAGGGACCACCUGAGCCUGGAGAGGGACCCCACUGACAUCAUGACCAAGAUCUUUCCCCAUCAGAAACGGGACACCCUGGAGUCUAUGGUGAGAACGUGCAAAGGCGACAUUGUCAGAACCAUUGAACUGGUAUUGAGCUCCAAAGAGAACAAAAUAGACAAUGAUAGCUCGUCUCUGUCUAAUCACACAAACACACUCAGGCCUUCUGUUGGGUUGCCUGGAACGCUUGGAGCUCUGGGGAACAAGUCUGCCUUCUCCCCGCUCCACAUGCCGCCGACAGCCGCCGGGGGGGACAGUCUGUACGGAAUCAGCCCCCGUCUCGGUGUCAGCCCCCUACGGCUGGCCUACUCCUCUGCUAGCGGCGGCAUGGCAGGUUUUAUGUCACCAUACAUGACAUCAGGACUGAUGCCAGUGUUCCCACUGCGUCCACCUUUGGACUCAUAUCCCUUCCCAGGCAUGAUCCGAGACCUUUCCUACCUUCAGAGCAAGGAGUCACUGUGCAGCACAGGGCUUUACUCAAGACUUAACAGUGAAAAAUGAGAAUAAAAAAAUGUUUAGUUAAUCUAAUUGUAAAGUGACUUUCAGAUUUACCCUUAAAUCGCCUUUUAAGUG